AUGCUAGGAUCGCUAGAGGGGGAGCAACACAAGAAGACCCCCCGAGUAGAUGGAUUGCUACGAGCAUUGGAAGCUUUGGGUGAUAUAGUUGGGCAGCAAGUGAGGAAUCAAGCUGCCGCCGCUACCGCUCCGCCCGAGGACCCGUUAGCUGGAAACGGGAAUGGUGGCCAACUAAUGCAUAAGAUGGUGAAGCAAUUCCUGGACCUCAAGCCGCCAAAAUUUUCUGGAGUUGGCGACCCCGAGGCCGCCACUCACCGGAUUAAGGAACUGGAGAAAGCUUUUGCACUACUAAGGUGCAAUGAGGAGGAUAAGGUGACCUUGGCGGUUUAUCGAUUACAAGGGAACGCCAAGACCUGGUGGCAAGCUACACAAGGCAGAGUUUUUCCCGAUGGUACGGUCCCGGUGUGGGAUGCCUUCGUGGAAGCGUUUAACAAUAAGUAUUUCUCUGAGUGUGCCCGGGAGCGUAAGAUGGCGGAAUUUAUGCGCCCGAGCCAAAACCGGAUGUCCGUAGACCAGUAUGAGGCCAAGUUUUCUGAGCUGUCUAUGUAUGCACCUAGAAUGGUGGAAGAUCCUGUGGACAGAGCAAGAAGGUUUAGAGAUGGGUUGAAACCGGAGUUGAAGGAUCGGUUGGUACCGUUGAACUUGAAAGACUACAAUGAGCCGUACGAAAGGGCCCAAAUGAUUGAGAGAAAUAUGAUGGAAAGGGCUACUGCAUCUGGAUCACGGUUUGUGCCCUCCGGUAGGAAUGAGCGUAGAUUUGGCAAGAGGCCAAUGUUGGGAGGAAGGUCGACCAUCCCACCUAACCGGAGAAAUGUUGUGGGAAAACCGGCUCCCGGUAACGGUGGAAUAUGCCGAUUUUGCAAUCGGAGGCAUGGGAUCGCCCCGUGUCCCUUCGGGAAUGGAGCUUGUUUUGGUUGUGGUCGGAUGGGCCACCAAGUGAGAGAUUGCCCACAGAGGUAA